CCUGCCAUCCCUGCGAGCUCACCGGGAGGUGACGCCACCGCUCGCCUCGCCGCUAUUUAACGAGCUAGCUAGCUAGGAGAUGAGCAGCAAAAGAUUCAGACUCGAGAGGGAGUGAGCAAGCCACACUGCAAGUUCCGCUCCUACUCGCAACCAUGGAUCCCACCAAGUUCCGUCCGUCGAGCAGCCACGACACCACGGUGACGACGACGAACGCCGGCGCCCCGGUGUGGAACGACAACGAGGCGCUGACGGUGGGCCCGCGCGGCCCGAUCCUCCUGGAGGACUACCACCUGAUCGAGAAGGUGGCCCACUUCGCGCGCGAGCGCAUCCCGGAGCGCGUCGUCCACGCCCGCGGCGCCUCCGCCAAGGGCUUCUUCGAGUGCACCCACGACGUCACCUCCCUGACCUGCGCCGACUUCCUCCGGUCCCCGGGCACCCGCACCCCCGUCAUCGUCCGCUUCUCCACCGUCAUCCACGAGCGCGGCUCGCCGGAGACCAUCCGCGACCCGCGCGGGUUCGCCGUCAAGUUCUACACCCGGGAAGGGAACUGGGACCUCCUCGGCAACAACUUCCCCGUCUUCUUCAUCCGCGACGGCAUCAAGUUCCCCGACGUCAUCCACGCGUUCAAGCCCAACCCGAGGUCCCACGUCCAGGAGUACUGGCGGGUGUUCGACUUCCUCUCGCACCACCCGGAGAGCCUCCACACCUUCUUCUUCCUCUUCGACGACGUGGGCGUGCCCACCGACUACCGCCACAUGGAGGGCUUCGGCGUCAACACCUACACCUUCGUCAACGCCGCCGGCAAGGCGCACUACGUCAAGUUCCACUGGAAGCCCACCUGCGGCGUGCGGUGCAUCCUCACCGACGAGGAGGCGGCGCUGGUCGGCGGGCGCAACCACAGCCACGCGACCCAGGACCUCUACGACUCCAUCGCCACGGGGACCUUCCCGGAGUGGAAGCUGUUCGUGCAGGUGAUGGACCCGGACACGGAGGAGCAGUACGACUUCGACCCGCUGGACGACACCAAGACGUGGCCGGAGGACCUCCUCCCGCUUCAGCCGGUGGGGCGGCUGGUGCUAGACCGGAACGUCGACAACUUCUUCAACGAGAACGAGCAGCUGGCGUUCGGCCCGGGGCUCGUCGUCCCCGGGAUCUACUACUCCGACGACAAGAUGCUGCAGUGCCGGGUGUUCGCGUACGCCGACACGCAGCGCUACAGGCUGGGGCCGAACUACCUGAUGCUCCCCGUGAACGCGCCGAGGUGCGCGCACCACAACAACCACUACGACGGCGCCAUGAACUUCAUGCACCGGGACGAGGAGGUCGACUACUACCCGUCCAGGCACGCGCCGCUGCGCCAGGCGCCGCCGGUGCCGAUGCCGGCGAGGCCGGUGGUGGGGAGGAGGGAGAAGGCCACCAUCAGGAAGCCCAACGACUUCAAGCAGCCAGGGGAGAGGUACAGGUCGUGGGACGCCGACCGGCAGGAGAGGUUCGUGAGGAGGUUCGCCGACUCGCUGGGCCACCCAAAGGUCAGCCAGGAGCUCAGGUCCAUCUGGAUCGACCUCCUCUCCAAGUGCGACGCGUCGCUGGGGAUGAAGAUAGCCACACGGCUGAACGUGAAGCCAAGCAUGUGAGUUUCGAGUGUCAUGGUCCUGCGACCUGCAGCAGCAGCAGGCAGAGGCCGAGACGUGUACGAGUUGUUGUUGAGUCCUCGAUAGAUGCAAUGCCUUAUUGGGUCCUUUUCCUUAUCGAGCAAUAAGACGAGAGAAAAGACGACGCGAGCUGAGCCUGCACACUAGAUGAUGGUUAUUACGUCGUCGUUACUGUGUCAAAGUCUGUAGCAUGUUACAUGCAUGCAUGUGUACUACCCUAAUAUAAGCUACUACCUGAAUGCAUGUGUGUAUCGACGACAUAUUCUCACUUCCUGGAUGGGUCGUCUUCAAAUUA